GCCCAUUGGACCUGAUAUGAGCUCCAACAUUGGGACUAGUCCAAUAAUUCCCGCUUAGAUUUGCUGUUGUACCCAGAGCUUGCACCUUAGGUUGACUGUCCGCAUACACCAUUCAUCAUCGUCGCUAAUCUAUUGGUGGAUCGGCCUUCUUGCUGCAGCUGCUCCUGCCAUUCUACUUGCUAAACUCACUGCCACUGCUCUACUUCUCAGCCAUCAUCACCAAAUAAUUCCUUCUGCCUCCCGCUGCGCUCCCCCAGCACCUCUACACUCUCCUCCACCUCUCUCUCCUCCACAUCCUCCAUAGGCCAUCAUCAUGGCCGACACCGACUUCCGUGCACCUUCAAUCAAGCCGAGACUAAAGUACAACACCAUCGGGGGUAUCAACGGUCCUCUAGUCAUCCUCGACAAUGUCAAAUUCCCUCGAUAUAACGAAAUCGUCAGUUUAACCCUCCCAGAUGGCUCCGAGAGAUCAGGCCAGGUGCUUGAAGCAAGAGGGAACAGAGCUGUCGUACAGGUGUUCGAAGGAACCCCGGGUAUCGAUGUCAAGAAGACCAAAGUCGAGUUCACCGGCCACAGUCUGAAACUAGGUGUAUCCGAAGACAUGCUUGGCCGUAUCUUUGAUGGAUCAGGAAGAGCUAUAGACAAGGGCCCCAAGGUGCUGGCUGAAGACUACUUGGACAUCAAUGGUUCUCCCAUCAACCCUUACUCAAGAGUUUACCCCGAAGAAAUGAUCUCGACUGGUAUUUCCGCCAUCGACGCCAUGAACUCGGUCGCUCGAGGUCAAAAGAUCCCCAUCUUCUCUGCUGCCGGUCUUCCCCAUAACGAGAUUGCUGCUCAGAUUUGUCGACAAGCAGGCUUGGUCAAGAAACCCACAAAAGGUGUUCACGAUGGCCACGAGGAGAACUUCAGCAUUGUCUUUGCCGCUAUGGGUGUCAACAUGGAAACUGCUCGCUUCUUCACACGAGAUUUUGAAGAGAACGGUUCCAUGGAACGGGUCACUCUCUUCCUCAACCUGGCCAACGAUCCUACGAUUGAACGUAUCAUCACUCCUCGUCUCGCUUUGACCACGGCCGAAUACUAUGCCUACCAGCUCGAGAAACACGUCCUGGUCAUUCUCACUGAUCUUUCUGCCUACUGCGACGCUUUGCGAGAGGUGUCUGCCGCCCGAGAAGAAGUGCCUGGUCGACGUGGUUACCCUGGUUAUAUGUACACUGAUUUGUCCACCAUUUACGAACGAGCCGGUCGUGUUGAAGGUCGAAACGGGUCCAUCACUCAGAUUCCCAUCCUGACCAUGCCCAACGAUGACAUUACGCAUCCCAUUCCCGAUUUGACUGGUUACAUUACCGAAGGCCAGAUUUUCGUGGACCGACAACUCGACAACAAGGGUAUUUACCCGCCCAUCAAUGUCUUGCCAUCAUUGUCGCGUCUCAUGAAAUCUGCCAUUGGAGAAGGUCUCACGAGAAAGGAUCACGGUGAUGUCUCAAACCAAUUGUAUGCCAAGUAUGCCAUUGGUCGAGAUGCUGCUGCAAUGAAGGCUGUCGUGGGUGAGGAAGCAUUGAGCUCUGAAGACAAACUUUCGCUCGAGUUCUUGGAAAGGUUUGAGAAGCAGUUCAUCUCGCAAGGUCCAUACGACAAGCGCACCAUUUUCGACAGUUUGGACAUUGGCUGGAACUUGCUGCGCAUUUUCCCCAAGGAGCUACUCAACCGAAUCAACCCCAAGUUGCUGGAUGAGUUCUACGCUCGCAAAGGACACCAAAAGAAGGAGCCCAAGGGCAACAAGGACACGAGGGACAAUGCAGAGGGUGAGAGGCAGGUUAACGGCGAACCAAACCUCUUGGAUGAUUAGAAUCGGGCGUCAAGGUCAAUGCCCCGAGUGGCGUGGCGAGGAGUCGUGGUUUGAGUCAAUAGUGCUAUAAUGGCCGUACACCAGCAACCGACCGCCGCAGCAGUGGCAUGAUGUGUGGUCGCAACAGUUUGUACGUGCACUGAAUCAUUCCUAGACUAUUUGUACUGUUUGAUCUGCAAGUUUCAUCGUUUUUGGUAAAGAAGAUGGUGGGUGGCAUGCCCAUCCCUUAGGAGCGUGUUUUGCCAGGAUGGACGUCUAUUCUAUAGAAAUGUAUGCACAUACACACAAAUAUACCUUACCUCAGUAGUCUCCAGAUAGUGGAGGCUGAGGUUCUUCUACUGACA